AUGGCUCUGGCCGUGACCUCCCCGCUCCCACACGCCUGUCCUGUGCAGCCCCUCGGUUGUGGCUCCUGCACUGCUCUCUGCCCGGUGCUCUCCUGGCCCGAGGGUCUCCGGAGCGGUGCCCUCCGCUGGGCAGGGACACGGUGCUGGGCAGCCCCCGUGCCCGCUGCCGCCUCCCGCGGCCGUAAACAGGCGGGCACGUGGUGGUGUUCGGGCACCUCCGGAGCCUGCGAUCGCUUCCAGGUCACGGCUGCGGGCCGGACCCUGCGCACCGGCGGGGGCUCCGCUCCUGCCCCGCCAGCGCUGCCCCUGCCCUCCCGCGGAGGGUGCGGUCCUGUGUCCCCCACGCACGGCAGCCCCAAGCGGGUUCCCUCCGGGGCAGGACCCAGACCCCGGGCGGCGCUGGCGGAGGGGCUCCGUUUCCCCCGGCAAACGCCCCCGGCUCUGCGCGCACCAGCUCGCCCCGGGGACCGGCUGCAGCCCCGGGCAGCCCCCGGUGGCCCCGCUCGACCCUCGCCAAGCGCUGCCCCAGCUCGAUCCCCCUCGCCCUCGAGUCUGCCCGUGCUGCCCCACAGCCGGGGGCACAGCGGGCUACGCCCCCAUCCGCAGGGUCCCGCAGCCCCGGACCCGUUUCACCGAAGGCUGCCCCAGGCGCGGGCUCGGCGGAGCCCCGGAGCUCGGCGCCGCUCCCAGCUCCUCAGGGCACGGGAGCCGCAGCCCCAGCUUGGCACAGGGUGCCGCGUUCCACGGCCGCACUCACCGCGCUCGGGCACGGCUCUGUCUCACGCACUCCUCCGGUGUCCCGGUGCCGGAGCAGCCCGGCCGCGGCUCCGAACGGCGCUGCCGGUGCCGGCGGGCUCCGGGGGCCGCUCCGCGCUACAGGAAGGAGCGGAGAGCAGCUAUUUCCUUCCAAAAUGUCAGCUGCUGCGCAGGGCAGCCAGCCCCGGGCCGCCGCCAGCUUCCUCCAGCGCCGCUGCCAGGGCGUGGGGCUGGCACCCCUCCGGCUCUGCCCCGUUCCGCUUCCUACUGCAGGAGCUGGGCACAACCUCUGCCAUCGAGGGCGGCGAGCUCCCGCCAGCCGCUGUCCCAGCUCCGCGCUGCGAUGGUGCCGGAGGUGUUACGACCGUUAGCAGGUCUGGUGGCAGCAGAGUCGAGGAGCCCUCAGCAGCCCCAGGCCCCACACCCCACUGCAACGCGACCUGGACACCAGUGUCCCGGAAUCGUGGCAAGAAGCUGCCGAGAGCGUGGCCUGGCACAAGCGCGGCAGACAGCCGGGCACCGAGCCCUGACAGCUCCCGUAUCCCGCCGGACAGGUGGCCGCCACUCCCGGGACUUGCAGUCACCCAGUCGACAACGAGCUGGGUGAAAGGCCACCGGGCGCUGCUGUCCCCGCCGUGUCACCGCUCCCGCCUUGCACGGGGAACGUUUCCCAUCCGCCCUCGGCUGCCCGGCAGCGCUCAGCCCCCUGCUCCCCGUCGACGGGCAGGAGCCGCUCCCGCCGCUGAGCCUCGGCCCGGGACUGGGGUUUGGGUCCGACCCUGCCAGGGCGGCUGCCGCUCGGGCAGGGCCUGGCCCGGGAACUGGCCCCGCUGCGCCGGGGAACGAGCGCCCCCGUCUCGGGAUGCGCCGCGGCCCCAGGACCAAGACCGGGAGCGGGAGCGGGACCGGCCCGCGCAAAGUCCGCGCCCCCCGGGGGCGGCUCCGCUCCCGCAGUCCCUGCCCGCGCCGACCCGCCGAGAGGUUACGAAACACCGCAAACCUUUCCGGCGGGCGGGAGCAGGGUCAGGCCGCGCCCCGAGCCCCGGCUCCGGCUCCGGCGCCGCAGGUGCCCCGGGCCCCACCACCCCGCGUCGGCUGCGGCCGCGAAAAGUGCGGCCCCGGUGCCGGCCCAGCACCAGCCCAAGACUCAACACCGGUCCCGGUCCCGAUAGCCAUAGCGACCCCGCGCCCGGCCCUACCUGCGGCCGCGGCGGCGGCGGCUCCGCUGUUCCGGCGGUCUCGGCGCUGGCUCCGCCGCCGCUCUGCCCCCUCCGGCCGCCGCCGCCUGGCACCGCCCCCUCGGCACCGCCCCCCGCCCGCCCCCGCCGCGCCACCGGCUCCGGGUAA